AUGUCCACCACCAGCGCCGGAACUCAAGGAUAUCAAACAGGCUCAUCUGGAAUGCCGUAUACGUCAACGCCAUUUCCAUACGGAGCUACUCAGAACCCAAAUCAGGGACUUUCUUCUCAAGGUGCCGUGAAUCCUAACCAGGUUCCAUACGGUGCUUCUACAGGUACUUUCCAAGGAACUCAGCCCGGUAGCAGUACGGGCGCUGGGCAAUUCACACCUGUUCCGUAUCAAACAAGUGGCACUCAAUCGACGAGCGGGUUCACCUCAUCUAGUCAGCAGUACACAAACCAAUACGAUCCGACUCGAACUCAGACGACUAUGUAUGGCUCUACGUCACCCACUCAGUCACCUCCUUCAAAUUAUCAACCAAACAAUCCUCAAUCUCAACCCCCGCCAGGAUUCACAUCGUCCAGUCAGCAGCCUUCAUACAAUUAUCAAACCAGCGGACCUCAAGGUCAACCCCAAACUUCUCCUGCUGGCUUCGCGACAUCGUCUCCACAGCCUUCGAAUAACUACCAAACAGGUGGUCCCCAAGGCCCGCCUCUAGACUCUUCAGCGGGCUUCAGCUCAUCAACUCAACAGGCUCCAUAUGGCUACCAAACAAAUACCCCGAGUAGUCAAGCACAACCAUACUCCAAUGGAUUUUCACCCUCUACACCGCCGUCAUAUGAAGCAGGUGGAGCUCAGGGUCAGGUUCCUGGCUUCACAUCGUCUACGCAGCCAAGCUACGCAACGACCGAACAGGAUGCAAAUGGGCUGUACGGGCAGAAUGCUUUUGGAGACUUUGUACAUCCGGCAGCACAGCCACAGCAGCGACAGUACUCAGCAGGACAACCCGGUCUUCCAGUUGGAUCCCAAUACGAUCUCAACGGAGCCGCAAACGUGCAAUACGGAGGUUACGACAAUAAUUUAGGCAGUGCUCAACUUUACGAUGCUCCAUACAACUCUGCUCCAACUACAAAAGCGGGAAUUCUCUCAACCAUUCUGGCCGUUACCUGA